UAGACUACACUAUAUCAAGGUGGGGUUCAUCCCGACUCAACCUCGCUUCACCUCACCAUACUUCCAUUGUCUCGACUACUUGUACCAUCACAUCCUUUCUAGACGAAGCGAGAAGUCUCACUCAACUUUUCAAUUCAUGUGAGAACUACCUAAGCAACCAACCCAUCUUCUUCUUCCACCAAUCACCACCACCACAACCACCACAAUGGCCUCCGAACCUCCCACCUCCGACGGCCUCACCCCCACCCAACUCGCCUUCUUCCACCAAAACGGCUACCUAAUCAUCCCCCGCGCCCUGCCCCCCACCACCGUCUCCCGCCUCCUCUCCGAAACCCAGAAGCUCCUCUCCGACUUCGACCUCACCACGCACCCCCUCACCCGCUUCCGCACCGGCGGCUCCUCCGGCCACGACCACGUCGGCGACGACUACUUCCUUUCCUCAGGGGACAAGAUCCGCUUCUUCUUCGAGGAAGACGCCUUCGACGACGCUUCGGGGAACCUAAUUAAGCCCAAAGACAAGGCCAUCAACAAAAUCGGACACUACCUGCACGGACUCAACCCUGCCUUUGCGAGCCUGCUAGCCACCAGCCCGGACGAUGAGCGGGGGUGGGUGCAAGACCUGAAAGCGCGCCCGGCGGCCGUGGCGCGGGACUUGGGCUUCAAGGACCCGCGGUGUCUGCAGAGCAUGGUCAUUUGCAAACAGCCCGAAAUCGGCGGGGCGGUGCCUCCGCAUCAGGACAGCACGUUUUUGUAUACCAACCCGCCUUCGGCGGUGGGGUUCUGGUACGCGCUGGAGGACGCGACGCUGGAGAAUGGGUGUUUGAGCUUUCUGCCGGGGUCGCAUUUGUGGGCGCCGAUCGAGAAGAGGUUGGUGAGAAAGGAGGGUGCGAAGGAGGGCACGGAGAUGGUGGAUAAUGAUGGGCCGAGGUUCCCGCCUGGAGAACAGUAUGGGGAGGAUAAGAAGCCGGAGGAGGUCAAGGGCAGGGAGGAGGAGGCCUACGUUCCAGGGGAGGUCAAGGCGGGCGAUUUGGUGCUCAUUCAUGGCAAUAUUUUGCAUAGGAGUGAGAGGAAUUUGAGCCAGAAGGGAAGGAUUAUCUAUACCUUUCAUGUUAUUGAGGGUGAGGAGGGGAGGGAAUACGAUGAGAGGAAUUGGUUGCAGCCGCCGCAGGAGGGAUUCACGAGGUUGUAUGCUUAGACAUUGGCCGGUGUGCACGAGGAUGAGGAUGGCUAUAAUGGACCUCCUUGAUGGUCAUCCUAAAUCCCGACAUGUAUCAACAAGCGUUGCUUUAGUCAAAUCCAUCCAAAGUCAGUCUUCAGUGAGUGGGGUAUUUGCAUUGAGACGUGGUGACUCCGAGUCGAACCGUUCACAAUCACCGCA